UGCGAGCGAGCCGGAGUGUGCACAAGGGGCACUGGAGCUCCGGUGUUCUUUGAAGCUCUCAGGCGGUGAGGGGGCCUGGUUUGAAUUGGACCCAGGACCCACCCUUCUGAUUGGUACUCAGUGACUAGUAGGGAGAUGACUGCGAGAUGUGACAGGGGAGCGAAAAUACAGAGCUGCUGGAGUUGGGGGGAAAGAUGGUGGUCCCCUAAAGAGCUUACCUUCAGCGUGUCUCCUGUCUGAGUCAGGAGGUGACAUGGACGCGAAUCCUCGGGCAGCCCUGGAGCGCCAGCAGCUCCGCCUUCGUGAACGGCAGAAGUUCUUUGAAGACAUUUUACAGCCAGAGACAGAGUUUGUCUUCCCUCUCUCCCACCUGCACCUUGAGUCACAGAGACCCCCCAUAGGUAGUAUCUCAUCCAUGGAGGUGAACGUGGACACGCUGGAGCAAGUAGAAUUUAUCGACCUUGGGGAUCAGGAUGGAGCAGAUGUGUUCUUGCCUUGCGAAGAUCCUCCACCAACGCCCCAGACAUCUGGAGUGGAUGACCAUCCAGAGGAGCUGAGCUUGCCGGUGCCCACAUCAGACAGGACCACAUCCCGGACCUCGUCCUCGUCCUCUGACUCCUCCACCAACCUGCACAGCCCAAAUCCGAGUGAUGGUGGAGCUGACACACCCUUGGCACAGUCCGAUGAGGAGGAGGAUGGGGGCGAUGGAGGGGCAGAGUCCAGAACCUGCAGCUAGCAGUGGGCCCUGCCUACAGACUGAUGUUGGCCAUUCUCCCCUGAGACCCUAGGUGCAGCCAGAGCCCUUUGGAAGGCGGCCAGACUCCACUUGCAGCAGGCAUCAGAGGAAGGGAAGGAUGGUGGGAUGGCGUACCUCUCCGUGAACUAACCCCCCCUGCUUUACUGCUAACUUUUCCUGCUGCAACCCUCCUACGAGUUUUUGGCUUAUCCCUGAGGUAGGACUUGCAAGUGAGGAGCUGGAAGAUGAGGUAGGACAAGAUACACAGCUUUUCUUACUAUUCUUCCCUCCCCUAAGCUAUCCUGUAGUCUUCUAAUAGAGUCUCCUAAAGUGGUGUCUCUAAAUGGACGUGAGCUCCUUAGCACUCCGAGUGAGGUGGUACUUCUUACAGCCAUCCUGCCUCCUGACAUCCUUUUUGGAACAGGGCAUGGUAUAAAUAAUAAACAAAUACUAUAUCAAC